AUGGCAACGACAAGUGAACCGACGAGUUCCACGCAUGAUGCCGACCGCAUCGAUUCCAAACCCGGCCUCAACCACGCUACGACGAAUAUUUCCAUCAGCCCGGAGUUGUUUGAGAAGUUGUAUCUGCAGCCAAAACUUGCCCACACUUCUGAGAACGUCAAGAAAUAUGCGAAUGCGACGCCGUUGGGGUUUCUUGGUGGAAUCUUCUUCUUUACCGGGCCCGUGCUCCUCCUCCUGGCCACAAUCUUCCUCUGGAUCCAAGCGCAAUUCUUCCCCAUGAUGGUUUGCGGGCUCUUCGCCGUCUUCUGGCUGUCCUUUGGCAUGUUGCAACUGCCCACGCUCAGGGCUGGCGGCGACGCAGCGGAGGGCAUGGUGAGCAAGGAGAUGAAUGCUGUGAUUGCGUUGUAUUUGCUGGUUUGGGGGUUUGCACUGGGCACGUUUUGGCUGUUCACGAUAAGAAUCAAUCUGGUGUUUGCGGGGAUAUUUGGAUUUGUGACGGUGGGCGCGUGGGUGUUGAGUGGUGCUUAUUGGGCGCUGGGUAAUGGGCACUUUGACAAGGCGUUGAAGUUGCAGAAGGCGGGUGGAGCUCUGUUGUUUGUUGUGGCAUGUCUGGGGUGGUAUAUGCUGUUCGUCAUUAUGGCCGCAGAGAUGCGGUGGUCGAUGUGCCCGCCAGUAGGGGACUUGAGCCACUACUGGGCCAAGACAGAUGUUGAGCUGGCAGCGAUGGAGAAUGAGAAGAGGGAGUAG